CGGCAGAAGUCCGGUUGGUGUCCUUGUGAGUCCCGCAGGUCUGCUUUGGGAUUCUGAGCGGGCAGGAUGUUGGCGGCUGCGCUGGGCCUUGCCCGCGCCGGGCUGAGAGCAGCUGGCCGUCCCGCAAUGCUACUGCAAGCUCGGUUUGAAGGGAAUACUACUGCUGAGACUCAGCCCACUGUUAGGCCAAAGGAUGAUGUGACACAGAAGCAACUGAGUGCUUUUGGAGAAUAUGUGGCCGAGAUUCUACCCAAGUAUGUUCAACAAGUCCAGGUGACAUGUUUCAAUGAGCUGGAAAUCUUAAUCCACCCAGAUGGGAUAAUUCCAGUUCUCAGCUUUCUGAAAGACCACACAACUGCCCAGUUCAAAUCCUUAGCUGAUCUGACAGCAAUUGAUGUUCCUUCUCGACAGUACCGCUUUGAGAUUAUCUACAAUCUCCUUUCCCUAAGGUACAACUCCCGAAUUCGUGUGAAAACCUAUACUGAUGAAUUGACGCCUCUGGAUUCGGCCUUUCCAAUUUACAAUGCAGCAAACUGGUAUGAAAGAGAGGUCUGGGACAUGUAUGGAGUUUUCUUUGCUAACCACCCUGAUCUGAGGCGAAUCCUCACAGACUAUGGGUUUGAAGGCCACCCCUUCCGGAAGGACUUCCCCCUCUCUGGAUAUGUGGAGGUCAGGUAUGAUGAUGAAGUGAAGCGUGUGGUGGCGGAGCCUUUGGAGCUGGCACAGGAGUUCCGCAAAUUCGAUCUGAAUAGUCCCUGGGAGACUUUCCCUGCCUUUCGGCAAGCUCCAGAAACAUUGAAGUUAGACACAGGAGAGAAGAAAGAAGAUGUUAAAUAGUGGUAGGAGGGAGACAAAACUGGAAACAUUCCUGAGUCGUUGCCUUCCUGUUUGAUCUCAGUAUUUAUAUAUAAUAAAAUAUCAAUAAAA